CAUUGGUUGCCAUUGUUACCAGAAUGGAUCAUCACUAAUAUUCUCGAAUCAUUAAUAUUACCUAAACUACAACAUGAAGUUGAUAAUUGGAACCCAACCACCGAUCCAUUACCAAUACACUCUUGGAUACACCCCUGGCUACCGUUAAUGGAUAAACAGUUAGAGAUAUUAUAUCCGACCAUUAGGAUGAAGUUGGGUGUGGCUUUGAACAACUGGCAACCCUCAGAUUCAUCAGCUUUGAUAAUAAUCCGUCCAUGGAUUAAAGUAUUCUCUCCUCAAGUAAUGGAGGCAUUUCUAUGUAGGACAGUUCUACCAAAACUUGAGUAUUGUAUACAGACUCUAGACAUUAACCCAAACCAUCAAACUAUUGCUCCCGUUGAGUGGGUACUUCAGUGGAGAGAGGCCCUUCCUCUUCAUCAUUUUGUUCAUAUUUUUGAUAAACAUUUCUUUCCAAAAUGGCUCCAGGUACUGGGGAGCUGGUUAGCUGGGAGUCCUAACUAUCAUGAAAUUAUGAAAUG